CAUGUAAACAUGGCGUCCAAGCUAAGCAAGAUGACUGUUUUCGGAGGUUUUACCACCGUUAUUCAAGUUUUGGCAUUUUUGGGAGUUUUGCACAUUAAGUGUGGGUGUGUUGGAGCUGAAAUACGAUCAGCUGUGAUUGACAAACAGAGCGGGCAGCUUUCUGUGCUGGAGGGAUACCGAGAAGAUUUUGUGGCUUGGGCCAACUUUACUGAUGACAUUAAAAAAUCAGGCUGGUCUUUCUUGGAGAUCACAACCAGCGGCCAGUACAAUGACAGUAUUCAGGCUUAUGCUGCUGGUGCAGUGGAGGCUGCAGUCACAUCCCAGCUCAUCUAUAAGCACUGGAUGAACACUCUGAUGGAUUACUGCGGGCCCUUUACGACUCAUUCUGGUUACUGUGAGCGCCUCAAGGCUUUCAUCACAAUAAAUCUGCAGUGGGUUCAAGAGCAAAUACAGAAGCAGCCAAAUUCACCUUACUGGUACCAGGUGCAACUUGCACUGCUGCAGCUGAAGGGUCUGGAGGACAGCUACAAUGAUGAGCUGUCAUUUCCAACUGGGCAGUUCUCCCUCAACCCAUUUGGCUUCCUACUUUUCCAGCUGGGUGGGGAUCUGGAGGACUUGGAAUCAGCUCUGAACAAAUCUAGUCAGACUCGACCCCUUGGAUCUGGCUCUUGUUCUGCUCUCAUCAAGCUGCUGCCAAACAAUAAGGAACUGUUGGUGUCACAUGACACCUGGAACAACUACCAGUCCAUGCUGCGCAUCAUGAAGAAAUACAUUUUUGCCUUCAACGUUUCUCCUUCAGUUAAUACCCUUCUUCCUGGAGGAACCCAAGCAUUCUCGUCUUACCCUGGAUCCAUCUUCUCUGGAGAUGACUUUUACAUCCUGAGUAGUGGCUUGGUCACCUUGGAAACCACCAUUGGCAACAGCAACCCUGCUCUGUGGAAGUUUGUCCAGCCCACAGGAACAGUCAUGGAAUGGCUCAGGAACAUUGUGGCUAAUCGACUGGCUGUGACAGGGAAGGACUGGGCAGCGAUAUUCACAAAAUACAACAGUGGAACGUACAACAACCAGUGGAUGAUUGUGGACUAUAAUCACUUCACUCCAGGGAAGACUGACAUUAAAGAAGAUCUCUUUGUUGUGCUGGAACAGAUUCCGGGACUAGUUGUUACCACUGAUAAAACUCAAGAACUACUGAAGAAAGGGUACUGGGCCAGUUACAACAUACCAUACUAUGAAGAAAUAUUCAAUGCCAGUGGCUGCAAUGAGCUGGUGGAGAAGUACGGCCCGUGGUUCUCUCAGGACCAGAAUCCUCGGGCUCAGAUAUUCAGGAGAGACCAGUCAGCUGUCACAGAUGUGGCUUCAAUGGUGCGCCUCAUGAGGUAUAAUAACUUCAAGGAAGAUCCAUUGUCACGAUGCGAAGGCUGUGAUCCUCCUGGGAAUGGAGAGAACGCCAUCUCAGCCCGUUCGGACUUGAACCCUGCUAAUGGCACAUAUCCAUUUGGUGCCUUAAGACAGAGAUCACAUGGAGGAACAGACAUGAAGAUGACAUCCUACGAGAUGUUUCGUCAGUAUGGUAUGGUGGCAGUGAGUGGGCCAACAUGGGACCAGGUGCCCCCCUUCCAAUGGAGCACUUCCCCUUACAAAGAUCUGAUGCACAUGGGUCACCCUGAUACUUGGGCAUUCAAGCCUAUAAAAGUCACAUGGACUCCUUAAUUGCUGUUAUACUGUUAAUGUAAAUACUGCCACCUAUGCUGUUGAAAGGUUUAACAAAGGGAAAUGGUACUAUAAGUCAGAGUGGCAUGAAAUGUAUGAACACAAAAUUGAUGCUAUUGAUUCUCAGGACACUAUUGAUGAUUUUCUGGCAGUAUUACAGUAUUGCACUAUUUGAUUACUUAAAGCGCUGAAGAUGAAAGAGCUUUGAAUGUGAGGCAAUAUUACCAAGAACAACAACUUAACAAGCGUACUGUUGUAAAAUUGAGUUUCUACAUGAGAUUAAUAUCUAAGUUUGUUUUUAAUUGUUGGCUUUAAUGUUUGAUUAUGUAAACUCCCAUUUGUUUUGAUUCUGGUGGUUUAUUGAGUUGUAAAAUGUUUCCACUGACAUCUCCUUUGAGAAAUCAGAGUAUUUUUGUUGAUUGCCUUUUCUGUCACAGAAAAGGCAAAUUUCAUGAUAAUGAACUGAAUAUUUUUAGUAAUUCUUUUUUUUUUCAUUUCUUUUUUUUUCAUUUUAAAAAUGUUCUCU